AAUUCAUGCGCAAUCAUUUUAAUUUGAUAAUUGAUCGAUAGAUAGUUUAUCGCCACCUUGCGGGUCAGUUAAUAUUUCUUUAUAUAUCGUACUAACCAUAAGGACAAUUGACAAUUUAUAAAGUUUAAUAAUCUACGAUUACUAGUGAGUUGCAUCAGAAAAAGCAAGUGGUACAAGUUUAAUUAAAUAAAAUUACAAUUGCGAGACGGUGACUGAUGUAAUCUUUCUUCUGACAGUGCUAAGCUUUUGACCGGCACAUUUAAAACUCUUCUGUCAUUGAUACUCUUAUCAUUAAAUUCAUCACCCGUUUAGUUGGGAUGUUGCUAUGUAAUCUUAAAUUUUUUUAUAUUUUUAUCUAGUCAUUAAAAUGUCAUUCAAUAUUAAGAUAAAAUUCAAAUAAAUGUUUUAUAUUAUUUUUCUAUGUUUUACUAGUUAUAUAUUAUUUAAAGAAAAUCUUCACGUAAUCUACUUCUUACAAUAAACUUUUUUAUGAUAUUGUGCAUGCAAUACAUAUUGAGUUGUUGCAUCAGAUCAAUUUCUUUGUCAGAGUUAUUUAACCCAGUUUUAUUAUACUCAACUCAUUGUCAUUCUGACUUUUUCAAUAAGCUUAUUUAAUAUUGCUUAUUUUAUAAGAUUUUUUCUAUUUAAAUGAUAGUUGUAAACUAAACGGAUUCAAUAUGCAAUUAUUCUUUUAUUGUACUUUUGAGGUUAUAAUAUAGUUAUUUUUAUGAAAGUACAAAGAGAAGAUAUCAUUGAAAGAAAUAUUAAUUGUAAAGUACUAUUUUCAUAAAAAUAAUAAUUGUAUAAUUUAUUACAACAUGGUAACCUCAAUGGGAUCUAUAUGCAGCACUCUUGGUAUUGAUAGAGUGGACAUGCUUGGAAGAAUAGUUUUAAUUGAAGAGCAACAUGGUUGUGAUGCUAAUUUUUUAACAAAUGCAGUUAUUUCUAAUGCAUUGGGAAAAGACUAUGGAAUUUGUUUUGUACUUUUUCAUAAUACAUUCAAUCAUUAUCACAACGUGGGUAUGAGAAGUGGUUAUAAUUUAAUGACAUUAAAAGAAAAGGGUAAAGUAACUUUUGUUGAACCCAUGAAAGAAUUAAUGCAUAAUAUAAAUGACAUAUGCAUGGAUACUGACAUUAUGGAUGUUGAUAAUAGAAUUCUCUCUGAUUUAAAUAGUACAGAUACAACUGUGGUUGAUAACAUGUUUAAACUUUUAAAAAAUAGCUAUAAUGAAAUGGCAAGUCAAAAUGAAAAAGUUUUAAUAAUUAUAGAAGAUAUUUCUCAUUUGUCUGAUUUAGGAUUAAGUUUUAGAGAUUCUAUGCACUAUGUAAAGUGUAUAAGAUCACUUAUGGAAUCUUAUCCGAUGACACAGCUGUGUGUUACAGUACAUACGUACCAAAAUAAUGUACAAAGUUCUAUUCCUGAUUUUAUUAGUAAUAAUUUUAAAUAUAUAGCAGAUCUUGUUCUAAUAGCAGAACCAUUAACAACUGGUCAUUCGAGUGAUGCUUCUGGGAAAAUAACAGUUAAUUGGAACAUAGAUUCUGUAAGAAGUGAAUAUCAUUGGACAGAAAAAAUGAUAUAUUUAUAUAAAUUACUAGAUUGGCAUGUAAGAAUAUUUGCUCCCGGUGCAACAACAAUAUCUGUGACAUAAAAUAUUUCUUUAUAAAAAUA